AAGGUGGUAACGCCUACAGGUCUUUGUACUUGUCAGUCACACAAGAAGCAAUAUCAUUGGCAUGGCCAUGUUAAAAGACUGUAGAAAAACCCUUGUAGCAUUGUGACAGGGGCAGGUAUAAGAGUUAGAGUCCAGGGUGCUUAAUGUUGUUUAUGCAUGCUAGAUGCUUGUGUGAGUAACUAUGCUGCUUUUACACCAUCUGGUGUUAAUUUUGCUUUUAAAGGCAAGAGAAGGAAAGUCCCUGUGUCAGACAUAUGGAACUGAAGAACUGGCUCAGUUUUCGAAAGAGGGAGAUGUCAUCAUCGGGGGAAUUUUCCCCUUCCACCAAUAUCCAGUCACGCUUAAUCAAACCUUCAGAGUCAACCCAGGAGCAAUCCAGUGUGAAGAACUGGAAAUUGGUGAGCUUCAGUAUGCCCACACGAUGAUGUUUGUGAUAGAGGAAAUUAACAACAGCUCUGAGCUGCUUCCCAACGUGACGCUCGGAUACAGGAUCUUUGAUUCAUGUCCCAACACCCCUCUUUCCAUCAAAGCGUCGUUAAAUCUCAUAAAUGCAUUUCGAAGCACAGAUGGGUUUUGUGACAAACUCUCCAGUGUUCAUGUUGUCAUUGGGGAAACAACUUCCACCUCAACGAUAGGUAUUGCACGAACAAUGGGGCCCUUUCAUAUCCCUGUGAUCAGUCACUCAGCCACGUGUGCAUGCCUCAGCAACAGACAAGAGUACCCUUCCUUCUUCAGAACCAUACCUAGUGACGUAUAUCAAAGCACAGCACUAGCAAAGCUUGUGAAACAUUUUGGCUGGACCUGGGUGGGAGCUGUCAGGUCUAACAGUGAUUACGGAAAUGAUGGCAUGGCUGUUUUCUUGGAAGCAGCAACAAAGGAAGGUGUGUGUGUCGAAUAUUCAGUGGCUGUUGACCGAACCAAUUUGAAAAUGGACUAUCUAGAAGUGGUGGAUGUAAUAAAACGGUCCACUUCCAAGGUAAUAGUUGCAUUUGCUGACGGCCCAGACCUGGACAUACUCGUCAAAGAGCUUCAUGCUCAGAACGUUACGGGCCUGCAGUGGGUAGGAAGUGAGGGGUGGAUAACAUAUCGUUACUUUGCCUCUGAAAUAAACUAUGCUGUUGUUCAGGGGGCUGUGGGCUUUGCAGCAACGAAUGCCCACAUCCCUGGGCUGAAGGAGUUUCUAGCUAACAGCAGGCCUUCCACCACACCGGGUAAUCAGGGACUUGUCAAGCUAUGGGAGACUCUAUUUCGAUGCACGUUCCCUCCCCAAACAAACAUGAAUGUGAAGGAUCAUGUUGCAGCCUGCAGUGGGAAAGAGACUCUGUGGGAUGUAAACACACAAUUUACUGAUGUAUCAGAUGCCAGCUUGAUGAAUAAUGUUUACAAGGCCACAUAUGCUGUCGCCCAUGCUCUGGAGAUGCUGUUUAGCUGUGAAGAUGGACAGGGGCCUUUUGAGAACAGUACAUGUGCUGAUAAGGAAAAAGUACAGCCAUGGCAGGUGCUCCAUUACUUGACACAAGUAAAUUUUACCACUAAAGUUGGUGACAAAGUGUUCUUUGAUGAGUCUGGUGACCCUGUGGCACAUUAUUCACUCAUAAACUGGCAGAAAGAUCAAUCAGGGCAUGUGCAGUUCGAAACAAUUGGUCACUAUGAUGCUUCUCAACCAGAAGGUCACCAGUUUAGGAAGAAUCAAGAGUUACAAGUUAUUUGGGCAGGUGGGAAUCUUCAGGUGCCAAGAUCUGUUUGCAGUGAGAGCUGUUUACCAGGGACUCGCCGGGCUUUCAUUAAGGGAAAACCUAUCUGCUGCUUUGAUUGCAUUACCUGUGCUGAUGGGGAGUUCAGCAACAGCACAAGUGAGACAGCAGGAUUCCUAGUCUUUGGCCUUGUGCUCAUUGUGUUUCUGCUGGGUAGAAUCACUGCCAGCAGUUUACUGGUUUAUCUGAAGAUGUCCACCAUGUGCAGCUUAAAUGUAUUUAUGCUUUCAGAUGCAGUGAAAUGUGACACAUGUCCUCCUGAUUUCAAAUCCAAUUUGGAGAGGACUGAUUGUGAAAUGAAAGCUAUUGAGUUCCUCACCUUCACAGAAUUCAUGGGAAUGCUGUUUGUGAGCCUCUCUGUCUUUGGUGCUUGCUUGGCGGCGGCCGUGGCCUUGAUAUUUUUCCUCUUCAGACAAACUCCGAUAGUCAGAGCAAACAACUCAGAACUGAGUUUCCUGCUGCUGUUCUCCCUGAGUCUCUGUUUUCUCUGCUCCCUGACCUUCAUCGGUCGACCUUCUGAGUGGUCCUGCAAGCUGCGACACACAGCUUUUGGCAUCAUCUUCGUCCUCUGCAUGUCCUGUGUUCUGGGGAAGACAACAGUGGUUUUGAUGGCCUUCAGGGCUACAUUACCUGGCAGUAAUGUGAUGAAGUGGUUUGGACCUACACAGCAGAGACUCAGUGUUGUAGCUUUCACUCUUGUGCAGCUUUUAAUUUGCACACUUUGGCUAACAGUCAGCCCUCCGUUUCCAUACAAAAAUUCUAAAUAUUACACAGAAAAGAUAAUUCUAGAAUGUGCUCUGGGAUCAGCUACAGGGUUCUGGGCUGUGCUGGGAUACAUCGGGGUUUUAGCUCUGUUGUGUUUUGGACUUGCGUUUUUGGCACGAAAGCUCCCGGACAACUUUAACGAGGCAAAGUUUAUCACUUUCAGCAUGUUGAUAUUCUGUGCCGUGUGGAUCUCCUUCAUCCCAGCUUAUGUCAGCUCUCCUGGAAAAUUCAGUGUGGCUGUGGAGAUUUUUGCUAUUCUGGCUUCCAGUUAUGGACUGCUGUGUUGCAUAUUUUUUCCCAAGUGCUACAUCAUCUUAGUAAAACCUGAGAAAAAUACAAAAAAAUAUAUGAUGAGCAGAGGGACCAUGAGAGCUAUCUGAAAUAUUUGGCAAUUGCUCCUAACUUUUUAUUAAUAGGUUAUUUGUUUAAAUUCAGGCAUUAAAAAGCAAUUUAAAGUUCUAUUUAGAAAAUUUACAGU